GACAGAACCUGGUUUCUCACAAUUCCUUCACCUUCCAACUUCCAUGUGCCUCUCUCGUCUCGGUCUUGCCGUCUGCAUAUUGGUUUCAACUUUCAAGUUCAACAUUCAAAGGAUGUGGGCCACAUCAUGGUGAAUAGCCUAUGAAGCCGCAAAGUCAAUUUCUAAAUGAAUUUAUUGGUCUAAAUGACAUACCGAUACCUGAAGAUUUACACAUUCACGAUCGGGGAAGCUACAAUCCAAUUGAUUUGGAUGAUAUUAACGUUCUCGAAGCGGAACAUGAGGAUGAAGAUGCCGAAUUAAACAUCACAGAUGCGAGGGGAAAGCGAAAGGCCAAAAAAAGAGCAAAAUGUUGGGAUCACUUUAAGUUUAUUUCAACGGAAAAAGUCGUCGAUGGCCUUACAGAACUAAAGCAGUAUGUAAAUACUGCCAACAAAGAUUGGCAUAGCAAAAAGGAAUUGGUAUCACCCAUCUCAACUGUCACUAUAAAGCAUGUGCGGCCAGACAUGUACUUCUUCCAGCUGGUCAAACACAAUUGCAAUUUGGCAAUCCAGGCGCCGGUUCUACAACUUCACCCCUUUCCGCGUGGGUAUAUUCGGAGGACAAUACUCGAACCGGAAUGGUGAAGUUUGUUGCCGCCACUGAGUUGCCUC